AUGGCAGCCAUGGAGCGGCAGAGCAACAGACCUACAUGGAGCAGGCAGAUAGAGUUCACCCUCGCGGGCAUCGGCUGCGCCGUGGGUCUGGGCAACGUUUGGAGGUUUCCUUAUCUCUGCUACAGGAGUGGAGGAGGUGCCUUCCUGGUGCCGUACCUGCUCAUGCUGGUUGUGUUGGGGAUCCCUCUGCUGUACAUGGAGCUGACUGUGGGUCAGUACACGAGGAGAGGGCCCGUCCACGCUCUGGCUAAUGUCUGCCCGCUCUUAAAAAAGUACUCUGGAGUGGGCAUCGCAUCAGUGGCCAUCUCCUUCAUCAUGUGCACCUACUACAACAUUGUCAUCACCUGGGCUCUCUAUUACCUCUUCAGCUCCUUCCAGGCGCCGCUGCCCUGGCAGAGCUGCAACAACACCUGGAACACACUCAACUGCACCAAUCAUGCCACCAACAGCAGCUUCUCCUCCACAGCCAGCCAGGAGUUCUUCAACAUUGCCCGUGGCUCAGCUCUGGGCUGUGAUGUUUUCUUCAUGCUGCUGUGCCUCGGACUCGACAGUGAGUUUGCGAUGGUCGAAGUGAUGGUGACGAGUCUGAUGGAUGAAUUUUAUCAACAUCUGAUUCAAAUCUUCAAGCGUAAGGAGCUGUUUGUUCUGGCUGUUUGUGGUGCGGCGCUCCUCCUGGGGAUCCCCUGUGUCAUGCAGGUGGGCAUCUAUGUGUUCCAGCUCAUGGACCAUUACACCGCCAUCGUGUCCAUCAUGUUUCUGGCUUUCUUUGAGGUUGUGGCGAUCUGUUGGUGUUACGGAGGAAAUCGACUUUCGGACAAUCUGGAGGAGAUGACCGGAAAAAGAGCGAACAUCUUCUUCAGGCUGUGUUGGCUGGUUGUUGCUCCUGGGCUCAUCACUGUUAUCCUGGUUUUCUCCGUGAUCCAGUUCAAACCGGCGCGAUAUGAGAACUACGUCUUCCCUCCCUGGGCUCAGGGGGUCGGCUGGGUCAUCGCCAUGGGCUCCAUCAUCUGGAUUCCUCUGGGUGCCGUUCACACCUUGUGGGUGCUACCUGGCUCGCUCGUACAGAAACUGAAGCUGUCCAUCACCCGUUCGCCCUGA